UCAUCCAAGAAUUUCAACAGCAAUUCAUCCAGCAAUGUAUUUCCUCAUCAGCCUCUUCUUCGUCCCAUUCAGCAGCGCCGUUAUUGGUGGUGACUUGAAUUGUACUACUUACAAUGGAACAGCGUUCGUCUACACCCCAUCCGCCACAGCCUGCUCGAACUCGAUUUCCGAUUCAUCGUGUGCUGCUCUCUACCCACCAGCAGAUGCGGCUAUUGGAUACCCAGCUGCUGGAAAUGAUGCUGAAAGACCAUUUGCUUGUUACACAACUGCCACUCCAACUCCUGCUCCAGUUGUUGCUGACAUGAAGACUGCUGCCUUGGCCAACUGCGCCAAGACCUGUGGAUUCUGCUGCUCAACUGACGCCUACAAUUGUCCAAAUGUUGCUUUCCCACGUCUCAACUGCAACACAAUCACCAAGGCUCAAUGCGACUCUGUCACUUGGAGAACCAUCAUCGCCGCUGACUGCCCAUCUGCCUGCGGAUUCUGCAACCAGGGAGGAUGCGUCGAUGCUGUCACCAACUGCGGAAACGACUUGAGCAUUUGCCAAACCGUCGGAAUGCAAGAUUUCGUUAACCAAUACUGCCAAAGAACCUGCGGAAGAUGCCCAUCGACAACUGGAUCCGGAACUGUCACCACUGCAUCUUCGGGAUCUUGCACUUCAUUCGCCGCCGACUCCAGCUCAUCUUGCUCAGCUUGGGCCGCCAACGGAUUCUGCACCAACACCUUCUACACAGCUGCUCAACGCAAAUCCAGAUGUGCCACAAGUUGCAGACUCUGCUAAUCUAUUAAUUUAUCAAUUUUCUCUGACAUUUCUCCUUACUUCUUUCAAGACACACAUCGGGUGACUAUGGAACUGACCAUUCCUUCCGUACAAUAAAUGUUUUAACGUGCAA